UCGCUGGAGGCAGAUGGAAAAAAAAAAUGAGAGAGGGAGGGCAUGGGCUGGAAAGGUGGCAGGAUUUUAGUAGAAACCUCCAUUCUGUCAGACAUGCGCAAGAGCAGAAGCUUCUCCACCGCUGCGCCGCGUUUCCGCCUUGGCUGAGCAAACGCGGGCGCACACAGUCCGAGAGGGGCGGGGAGCGAAGCCGAGACGCAGUGGUGGUAGAGAGGAGAGACGCAGCGAGCACGGAUUCGAGCAAAUUAUACGCCAGCCUCCACGUUUUCCCCUCUUAGAGAGGCGACCUGUGCGGCGCGCGCCGAAACCUUCCCAGCAUGGACACUGCGCUAAAGGAGAGGCACUAAGAUGUGACGCUCGCGGGGCAGAUCAGGGGAGACAGAGAGCGCGCGUCUGUGUGUGCGUGCGUGCUCGUGGGGAAGAAAGUGGGCUGCCCUCAUCUUUCUUUUUCCCCCACCCCCGUUUGCCGGUGAUUUCAAAUCUGAGCUGCGCGGCGAGGAGAUGAAGAAGUUUAACAUCAGGAAGGUGCUGGACGGCUUGAAAGAGGCGUCUUCCUCCUCUUCCUCCUCCACGCCGUCUGUCCAAGUAGGGCCCCAGGAGAACAACCUGGUCCAGGAGACGCUCCAGUCCGAGCAUUUCCAGCUCUGCAAGACUGUCCGUUAUGGCUUCCCCUAUCAGCCAUCGUCGAUGGCUUUCGACCCCGUGCAGAAGAUCCUGGCCAUCGGUACCCAGAGUGGAGCUCUCAGAUUGUUUGGUCGUCCUGGGGUCGAAUGCUACUGUCAGCAUGAGAGCGGAGCAGCCGUCAUCCAGCUCCAGUUUCUCAUCAAUGAGGGAGCGCUGGUGAGUGCUUUGGCCGAUGACAGCGUCCACUUGUGGAACCUGAGGCAGAAAAGACCAGCGGUCCUCCAUUCCCUCAAGUUCAACAGAGAGAGAAUAACUUUCUGCCACCUGCCAUUCCAGAGUAAAUGGCUGUACAUCGGCACAGAACGAGGGAACGUCCACAUCGUCAACGUGGAGUCCUUCAUGCUCUCAGGCUACGUCAUCAUGUGGAACAAAGCCAUUGAACUUUCCUCCAAGGCUCACCCGGGACCAGUUGUCCACAUAAGUGAUAACCCUAUGGAUGAGGGAAAGCUUAUAAUUGGAUUUGAGUCUGGGAUCGUGGUCCUGUGGGAUUUGAAAUCAAAGAAAGCAGACUAUCGCUACACUUAUGAUGAGGCUAUCCACUCAGUUGCCUGGCAUCAUGAGGGAAAACAGUUCAUUUGCAGUCAUUCAGAUGGAACUCUGACCAUAUGGAACAUCAGAGGCCAAGGAAAACCCAUACAGACAAUCACACCGCAUGGAAAACAGCCCAAGGAUGGAAAGAAGCCAGAGCCGUGUAAACCCAUUCUUAAAGUGGAAUAUAAAACAACGAGAAAUGGGGACCCUUUCAUUAUAUUCUCUGGUGGUCUGUCCUACGACACGGUGGGACGGAGGCCAUGUCUGACAGUUAUGCAUGGAAAGAGUAUUGCUGUGUUGGAGAUGGAUUAUCCUAUCGUAGACUUCCUCACGCUAUGUGAGACACCAUAUCCUAAUGAUUUUCAGGAGCCUUAUGCUGUGGUGGUCCUGUUAGAAAAAGAUUUAGUGGUGAUCGACCUUGCACAAAAUGGUUACCCCAUAUUCGAGAACCCAUAUCCUCUAACGAUCCACGAGUCUCCUGUGACCUGCUGUGAGUACUUUGCCGACUGCCCUGUGGACCUGAUUCCUGCACUUUACUCUGUUGGUUCGCGGCAAAAGCGACAGGGUUACAGCAAAAAGGAGUGGCCUAUUAGUGGUGGAAACUGGGGACAGGGCACACAGAGCUACUCCGAGAUCAUCAUCACCGGUCAUGCUGAUGGAACAGUGAAGUUCUGGGAUGCUUCUGCAAUAAUGCUCCAGGUGCUCUAUAAGCUAAAAACGGCAAAGGUUUUUGACAGGAACCGAUCCAAGGAAGACAAGGGCAGCACUGAGGUGUCGGACGAAGAUCCCUUUGCCAUUCAGAUUAUGGCCUGGUGCCCUGAGAGCAGGAUGCUCUGUGUGGCCGGAGUGUCAGCCAAUGUUAUCAUCUACCGCUUCAGCAAGCUCGAAGUAACUACUGAGGUGGUGCAGUUACUAGAGGUGCGAAUGCAGUACGAGCUGAACGAAACAGAGUCUCCAGAUGGUGGAGGUGGCGAACAAACAUCGGCACAUCCCACCCCUGGUGCCUCCCCUCAGACCAGCGGCCCACCUUCACACCCUUCUACCAGCAGCAACAACUCUGACGGAGGCAACAUACCCUGCCUUAAAGUGCGAAGUUCUCCUUUGAAGCAGUCUCCAGGCUACCAGGUGGAUUUGGUGGUCCAGUCAGUGUGGGUGAGUGGAGAGCCUCCUCAGCAGAUCACAAGUCUGGCGAUGAAUUCCUCCUAUGGCCUAUUGGUGUUUGGCAACAGUAACGGCCUGACAGUGGUGGACUACAUCCAGAAAACGGUAGUUCUCAAUCUGGGAACAGUGGAGCUUUAUGGAUCCAAUGAUCCUUACCAGAGACAGCCUCGGUCGCCAAGAAAAACACGGCAGCCUUCGGGAGGCUUGUGUGACAUUAACGAGUGUUCAGCCACGUCAGAGGACCGCUGCAAGUCUCCAACUUCAGUGUUGAUGUCACACAGCAAUCUUCAACAGUUCUACAAUGGAGGUGGUAGAGGAGCAAAGAUGUCACGGAAAUUAAGCUUACCUACUGAGCUAAAGCCAGACUUGGUCCUCCUGUCCGUGUGCCCACCGCGGGGUGCCAACCCAUUAGACCACCGGGACAACUCUUUCAGCCGCUCCCGCUCCUCCAGCGUCACCAGCAUCGACAAGGAAGCCCGAGAGGCCAUCAGCUCGUUCCACUUCUGUGAGACUUUUGCCCGGAAGGGAGACUGCACUUUGACGCCCUGUCUAUAUGUUGGCACCUCGCUGGGGACUGUACUAGUUCUGGCACUCACUUUGCCACCUGCAGGGGAGCAGCGGCAACUGCAGCCAAUUAUCAUUUCGCCUACUGGUAUGCUGGUACGGCUCAAGGGAAGCAUCAUGCGGAUGGCUUUUCUGGACUCUGCUGGUUCCCUGGUACCUUCUGCAUUUGAAACGUGGUGUGAGCCCAACGUCACAGCUGAUGGUGAAGAAAGAGAGAAGAUCCGAAAGCGGCGGCCCGUCUCCGUUUCACCUUCCAGCUCACAGGAGCUCAAUGAGAGCCAGUUUGCUGUGGUAUGCUCUGAGAAGCAGGCCAAGGUCAUUUCACUUCCUUCCCAGACCUGCAUCUACAAACACAGUAUCACAGAGGCUUCUUUCAUCUUACGGGCAGACGUCGUACAGAUGAACCAGUCAGUGUGCGUGGCUUGUUUUUGUGCCAACGGCCACAUAAUGACCCUCAGUGUGCCGGGACUGAGACCACUCAUGGAUGUAAACUACCUACCUUUGACAGACAUGCGGAUAGCCAGGACGUUCUGCUUCACAAACCUAGGCCAGGCCAUGUACCUUUGCUCGCCUACUGAGAUUCAGAGGAUAACUUACAGUCAAGAAACCUGUGAAAAUUUACAGGAGAUGCUGGGUGAACUUUUUACACCAGUAGAGACACCAGAGGCACCAAACAGAGGGUUUUUUAAAGGUUUCUUUGGAGGAGGAGCGCAAUCGCUUGACAGAGAAGAACUAUUUGGUGAGCUAGCAGCUGGGAAGGCAUCUCGAAGUCUGGCCCAGCACAUCCCCGGCCCAGGUGGCAUCGAGGGGAUGAAGGGAGCGGCUUCAGGUGUGGUCGGAGAUCUGGCACGUGCUCGGAUAGCGCUGGACGAAAGAGGCCAAAAACUGGGUGAACUGGAGGAGAGGACAGCUGCCAUGAUGGCCAGCGCAGAUUCUUUUUCCAAACAUGCCCAUGAUAUGAUGCUGAAAUGCAAAGACAAAAAAUGGUACCAAUUCUGACGGGCCACUGGCAAGGAGCAGAGCUCUGUGGUUACAACGAUCUCACUGACCUUCCAUCAGCUCAUCUGGACUCACACUGACUCCCCCCGCCAUCUGUCCGUCGAGCCGUCCGUCUGAGCCUUCUUCACUGGAAACAUUUGGGAGUUUUUUCCCUAGCACAAUGUUGGAUACUGUUCUUACCUCAGUGUGAAGGUGGAACUGAGGUAAAGAGGGGCAACCUCAGAGGAAAGUAAUACAUAAGUGGUGACAUUUUUUUUUAUUUUGUUUUGGGUUUUUUUCUUUUUGUUCAUGUUAAACCUCCCUUCCAAGGCCUCAGAUUGGUCCAUGCGCCUGAGGAGUCAUUCUCAUUUUGCCAAACGUCCUUUUACUGUUGUCUCCUCUGUGUACCCUCUUGGCCAAUAUUCAGACCAACAGAUAAUGGCUGAAAGAAGACUUAAUAUUUAACCAAGUUACAAUGAAUUCAUGUAAGAGAAAAGGAGUCUAAAUAAAUCGAUAUAUCUAUACAUAGAUCUAAUAAAUGUGCAAUGCUGUAUUCACUUGUAGACUUUUGUACUUUAGUGACAAUUAUGAAAGAAUGGGAUUUCUCAUCAAGCCGAUGGAAGAGAAGCGUGCAGAGUCUGCAACAAUGUGGGCAGUCACAAAGAUUAAAGCUACUCUCUGAUGUAUGCCGGGUAUUUCCUCAUCUUAUUUGAUCUCAAAACUCUCCUCUGUAUCUUAGACUUUUAAACUGUUACAGAGUGCGUGUGCUUGUGGGCGUGAGGCAGUGUGUGUGUGUGUGUCAUUUCUCUGUUUAAUAUUUCUUGGGGUUUUCUGCUCUGUAUUAUUCAAAAACUUAUUUUUCUAAAGGUGUGAAAAUGGUCACAAGACACAAAAUUACUUUGUUCUUUCGAAAAGGGCUGGAAUCUACGAGAAGAGCAAGGCUAUCAUUUCUUUAUUUUUUUAUAUUGAAUUGGAUCUUAACAUUUGACCCACUAGUCAUCAGUCCAGAAAAGAAACACUAUCAACUUCUGUCUAUCUUUGAUGUCACAAGCUUCUCCAAUUAUAUAUAUAAUUGCAGUGCUUCUUGGCAAUAAACAUCAGACAGCAGGUAAAUGUUUUGUUUUUUUUUUUUUCCCAUCAAGGUACCACAUUUUCUUCAGUAAAAAUGCAUUUGUGGGUUAAGCAGCAUAAUGGAAGAUUUUGGAUGCAUCCCUGAGAGACAACCAAUUUUAUUCAAAACUUUGGAGAAACAAGACAUAUUAAGAACUGAACAAUUUAUUUAUUUACCAAGCACCACUGUAUUUUACAUGCACUCCAGCUGUGCAUGGAAGCACUGCAAUCAGCCACAACAGCGUGAUUGUGCAUGCUGGCCACGAGCUCGGUCAUUUACCUCUGUAGGACGACAUUCCAUUCUUUAACCAGCAUUUCUCUCAGCCAGUUUGGUUGUGUUUAGUGAGGUUUGAGUCGGCACAAAAGGCUAGCCACUCCAUCCUCUCAUCCAUUACCCUAUUGCUCCAACAAUAUACAUAGAGUUCCCUGCGUAUAUUUACACUCUGACUACUAUCCAAAUGCUGCAGGAAUAUUUUGGACCUAGAAUGAUUAUCCACAUUAAGACUCCAUUGUGCAUGUUCUUGAUAAUGUAUUGAGCACCUUAUUGUCAGUACCGAGGGAACCAGACGCUCCCAACAAGAGUCAAUAUACUCAAUUUUGCUGCUCCCCCACGACUGUAUUUCCUUACAAAUGUGGCACCAUUCAGGAGAAGAUAAACUACUGCUCACAGCAUAAGCAUUGUCGCCAUAAAGCAUUGCUACAAUAUGAUUAUAUAUAUAUAGAUAUUUUAAUAGGAUAAAAUUUGAAAUCAAAUUCAGAUUAUUUACAUUGUCUUUGUAAGAUAACUUUCUGUGUUUUCUAUGUUUAUUUAUUCACAAAGGAGACUUGAGUUCAGUGUCGGAAACGUUCAUCUUGAUUAUAUUUUGUUUGCUUGUUUCUGGUGGUGUUUGCAGUAAGCCCCUCCAAGUGGUGUAUCUCCUGUGUGUCAGGCAUCUAACCUUUAUUUGUAUAUAAGUAAAUAGUUUGACAAUCUUAGACCAACUAGAAAGUAAACAUUAAGGUUGCACAAGAAACAAAUGAGGAGACAGGCCAUAUUUUUUCUGACGCCAAAGAGUUUCUUUAGCUUGUCCAUUGAGUUAUUGUUUGGAACCAGCGGUCACCCAGACAGACAUACAUAUUCACUUUUCAAUAACUUAGAAUAUUAUUGAAAAGUUUAUUUAUUUCAGUAAUUUAAGUGAAAGAGAAACUCACAUUAUUCAAUGUUCAGAGUGAUAUAUUUUAAAUAUUUUUUUCUGUUCAUUUUUAUGAUCAUGUCUCAUUACUAAAAGUAACCAAAGUUCAGUUAUUCUGUCUAGUCUCCCCAAAACUCUUGAACAAACUUUGCAUAAAAAUCCAGUUAUCCCUGUUAUUUGUACAUCAUUUUCAAUCACACUUUUUCCUUCCACCCAUUUUACCUUUAACAUGUUUAAAGGCAGCCCUCGGUGAACAGCCACUUUUAAUAGCAACUACCUUUUCUGCCAUUAGCUUCUUUAGCUAAAGCCAGAAAAGGUGGAGAGCGUCGGAGACAGUCUACUGGAUAACUGCCAAGUCAGCAGUCUUCCUUAUGAUUGUGUAAGACUUAACACAAUAUUUUCCUUAAAAUUGGCUUGUGCAGUAUUCCAUACUGCUAUUAAACUGAAUUUUGUGCUUUUAUUAGCUGCAACCCAUAAUCACCAAAAUGAACAGAAAUAAACACUUGAAACAUACCACACUAUUUAAUGAAUUAAUCUAAAAAUAAAGAGUUUUGCUUUUUUAAUUAAGCUACUAAAAUAAAUGAACUUCUUAUAAAAGUGUUGUGAUACAUUACACGUUCAUAUAUGAAGAGUGGACAAAGACACAGUUUAACUUGGGAGUUCUAUCGCCAUCGCCAUUUGUUGUUGAAAUUACGAUCGAAUGCCAUUUAUUCAAAAGUACAAAAAGUGAUGUUUUAUCUAAAGUUAAAUGUUUCAGUGGACCAAGCUGUGAGUCAUUGAUGCCGUUCCAUUCAGUCCAGAGCCACAGCUCACCUCAUACAAUACGUAUGGUGUUUAUAAAUGUGUGAAUGCUUGUUUGGAUGUCUGUACGUCUGUGCCCAUCUGAGUUACGUAUUACUAACAUUGUUUUCUGGUAGCUCAUGUCCAAGUCUCUCCUUGUUAAAAAAAAAAAAAAAAUGUGAAUCUGGUUGAGUGUCAGACUACAGUUAACAGAGCUGCCAACACAGAAAAAAUAGAAUGUGUCAGAGGAUCAGCAGAUGAUGUCAAAAUUCUGGCUUAUUAAAACACAUGUUUAGUCUGUAUGCAAAUAGCCUUCAAUUUUCAGACAAAGCUGUUAUGUAUUACCAAGUUGUUUCACAGCUAUGGUGGAUGUCUGGUUUUCUGUGUUCAGUAUGGAGUGUGGAUGCUAGCAGAAAAAAAGGAAAAAUAGCCUGUCUUUUUUUUCUUCUAUAUGUGUUUGUCUUUUUAAUUUGGGUCAUGCUAUUUAUUUAUUUUUUAUUAUGUUUUCGACCUGCUUCUGUGUGGUUUGUUACAGUCUGCAGUAUUCUUACCUGGUACAACCCACACACUCAAACAGUUCGAGGGACUCCUGUGUAUUUCCACACACCGUCUUCUGUCCCGGAUUCAAAACUCAUCAGUGGGGUGCAGUAUUUUUCUCAUUGUAGCCAAUUUUCUUGUACAGUUUUAUGCAAAUUUCACAUGGAUGUUAUGACUUUAUCUGCUGCCACAAAAUUUAGAAAUUCUGUAGAUAGAGAUUACUGUGCAAUGGAAAAUAAAAAGUGAGAAAUGUA